UGUUUGCACUAAUUUCAGCGGGCAGCCCUCCAGAGAGGUGUGUUCAUACUCGGUGGUCCAUUCACGCUGCUGGUGUGUGCUGGACCACAAGCAGCGAGGGAGCUGGGGUGACAUGAGUAUGUACACGGCCAGACUGUGUGUGACCAACACUGCCGGCAAGGCCACGAGCCCAGUGAUUCGCUUCACAGCACAAAACUCCGUAAAGCCAGACCCUCCUGUGUCAUUGAGGGCCAGUGAGGUGCAGGGUGGGGAGCGAAUGCUGAGUGUGACCUGGUCUUACCCCGCCUCCUGGAAAAGGGGCUAUUAUUUCUUACGGUUCCAGCUGAGGUACCGACCGUCUCACGGAGAAAAGUAUCAGACCUUGGAGACAGAGGACCUGUCCUGGACUAUCACUGAUGCACUGCCUCACACUGAGUACCAGCUGCAGCUCAGGGCCAUAGAGGAGUUCAAGCUCGGCAACUGGAGUGACUGGACCACACCCGUGUAUGCCUGCACCUGGACAGAGUCCACUCCAGCAUCUGACUCUGUGGAUAGUUUGGAUCCUUUGUGGUUUGAUGAAGGCUCUGGAUCUGUUGAAGAAAUAAAAACUCUCUCAGCAGUGGCUGAUGAUUCAUUGAACACGUUUGGAAGCGUGUUUGGUGUCUUUGUGCUGGUGAUCAUGCUCAUCCUGCUCUCUGCGUAUGUGUUCAGACACAGAAUGCGUUUUGCAUCCAAACUGGGUAAGCUGGGUUCAACUCCAGCUCCUGGUGACCCCCCUGCUGCCCGUCCCCAGCCCACCCUGGAUGAAGAGAAGCCUCUGAUGUCACCCGUAAGCCCCACGCCCUCGCAGGUCACCACGCAACAUCACUUCCCCCUGGUGCAGGAAGAGAACAGCCACAGUGUUCAUUUCUUCAACAUGGGCUACUUCCUACUGUCCAAAGAAUGAAGAUCAUGCAAACGACUCAAGAACAUUCUUCUUCUCAGAACUUUAUCCAACAGUUUUAGAAGUGCACAUGUACAUACUUUACCUCCUUACCUAUUUACCUCCUAGCUCAGAGCUACGUGUGUGAUGUUUCUGCUAUUAAGGGCUUUGUUUUGAGCAAGCCCAUGAGCUUGUUAUGCCACGUAUAUUACCACAAGUGCGUGUUUGCGCGCGUGUGUGUGAUUUAUAGAGAGAUAAAAUUAAGCUAAGAUUUUUCAAUUACUUUCAUCUGCCUAUAUGUGUGUGUGAGUUUGUGUGUGUGGAGUAAUUUACAACUGGAAAUAUGUUUUUAUCUUUAUUAAUGUCAGACAAUGUUCAAUAAAAUAUUUUGAUAUAAAA